UGUGUGUGUGUGUGUGUGUGUGUGUAGACUUUAGCAACCAAAGGAGGUUAAGUGUUGACAUGGGCUGCUUCUGUACUUCUAAGUAGAGAGACAGUGUGUUUUUCAGUGAGACAGAGCGAGGGAUAGUUAUGUGUUUGUUUUGAAGGGAGAGUAAAGGGGAAAGUCUAAGUGAGUGUUGACAGUCGUCGACUGGAGGGAAGGGGUCCAGAGGAGUGUACACUUUUAAGGGAACAGGGGGAUCCCAUCCACUCAUGUUAGAAGGAGAGAGAGUAAAUCGAAAAUUGAGAGAGAGAAAGAGAGAGAGUAAAUUGAGAGAGAGAGAGAGAGAGAGAUGGGGAGGUUUUAAUCAGCUGAGCUUGGUGGUUUAGGGUUGUUGGUAUACUGUACACUGUGUCCAUGGAUAGAGAGAGAAGAGUGAUGUUUUAGUCAGCUUUAGUUAAAGUCUUGUAAUACAUGGGGAUGAAUAGAGCUGUAUGUCAUAGCUUAGAUUAAGAAGGGACUCUUGUAUGGGGAUAAGGGGCUGGGUACUGUACGUGCGAGUGUGACAGGCGGCAAAUAGGUUGAGAGAGGCAGAUCUGAUCAGACGCACAGCAACAGUGGAAAGAGCGCGUGGCACAGGGAGAGAGCCCAGGGCUGGAUGGGACCCACCAUGCCGCCCAGUAAGAAGGCCCAGAGCCCCAGCAGCGGUUUGGGAGCGACCCGGGGUCUGAGUCCCCUCUACAGGGAGGCGGAGGCAGCCGACCUGUCCCUGUCUCUGUCGGCCUCCUUCUCCAAGGCCGAGGACGAGGAGCUCACCAGCCUCUCCUGGCUUCACGAGAGCACAGACCUUCUCAACAGCUUCUCUCACUCGGGGCUCCGCUCCGUCUCCCCCCUGCAGGACCCCGACGGUCACCCUCUACUCCCGCACUCCCCUUCCUCCUCCUCCCCUUCCCCCGACCCAUGUGAUUCUUCCCCAUACGACCUGGCCACGGGAGCCAAUCGGAAGCCUCCGUACUCGUUCAGCUGUCUGAUCUUCAUGGCAAUAGAGGACGCGCCAUCCAAGAGGCUGCCGGUGAAAGAUAUCUAUGGUUGGAUCCUGGAGCAUUUCCCGUAUUUCGCUAGCGCCCCUACUGGUUGGAAGAACUCGGUGCGCCACAAUCUGUCGCUUAAUAAGUGUUUCAAGAAGGUGGACAAGGACAGGAGCCAGAGUAUAGGUAAAGGCUCGUUGUGGUCCAUAGAUCCAGAGUACCGAAACAACCUGAUCCAGGCCCUGAAGAAAACGCCAUACCACCCCUACUCCCCGGGACUGGUUACCCCCUCAACCUCUCCCCCCACCUCUCCUCAGGCGUAUCACAGUCCUCCACUAUGGCCAGGGAGUCCCUUCUUAAGAAAGAACGGUGGAGUUAUCUUACAAGUUCCUCAAGGCGUGAUCCAAAAUGGGGCCCGCAUCAGGAGCCAGGGUCUGUUUCCUGUCAUCCGACCCCUACCCAUAUGCUCCGUGGGAAGCAGGACCACUGCGAUAAGGUCAGCUCUGGGGGACUACCUGACCCAAGGCAACAUCGGCCACCCCUGUGACUCUCCCUCCCCCCCUCCCAGCGACGACCUCCAGGAGGACCACAACUACAGCACCGCCAAAUCCCCCAGCAUGCCCUGCUCUUCCCAGGGGCCCUCCACGUUAGACGACGACGAUGACAUCAUCGCGGUGGAAGUCGGCGUCCACCGAGAGGUCAAAUCGGAACCUCAAGAAGUCCCGCUGGACUCUGCCUCUGUCUCCUUCCUCUCCCAGCAUGCCCGGCGACGGGGCCUGCCCUGGACGAAAAACCGCCUGCGGGCCCUGGGCGACACGCUGCCGCUGAAAAAGCGCCGUUCAGCAGCGGCAGCGGUGGAGAAGCCACCGUCGGAGAGCGAUGACGAGGAGAUGAAGGAGGCGGCGGGGUCGUUGCUUCACCUGGCGGGCGUCAGGGCGUGUCUCAACAACAUCACUAACCGCGCCGCCAAGGCUGCUCAGAAGGAGAAGGAGCAGAAAGAGGCCCUAAGGAACUAACUAAGGCCUACACAUCUGGUCUGCACACCAACCACCAAGACCUAGAAACUAAUAGCUAAGACACACUGCAAAGACCAACGUGGAAAAGCAGCGGGCGGCCGCAGAGUGUUGCGGGGUGUGUUAGCCAACACUUGCUGGGUGUGGACGAACGGUGGAGAUUCAACAUGUAGAAUUGUCGGGAAUGAACAGAAAACGACAGCAGAUAUUCUGGUCAGAGGCGAUAGGAUGGCCACCCGCUGCUUUUAACAGUUGGUUGUCACUGUGUAUUUUGUCUCUAAUGCCUGAUUCCCACUAUAGAGCCGACCCUAACUGUAGCCUAUACUGCGCUGGCUCGGAUAUAUUCUUUUCAGAUUUAGCUUUCCAGCAUGGUUCCAGCAGCAAUUAUGGUGGAUGCGUAACCAGGCCAGCCCAGUACAGCUUGGUUUGGCAUCAGUAGUGUGAAAAGGGUAUAUGGCCAGGCCUGAGCGCAGAUAGACCUACAGUUGGACUACACACCAGGUCUACACACCGACCAACCAACCAACCACCAACAGGCCAAGAGAUAACGUUAUUAAGCAUUAGUCUCAAUAGACACUACUCCAUCUCUCUCUCUUUAACCUUUAACCUCUAUCUCUCCUCCGGGGGCAUUAGGAGAAUCCUACUUAUUUAUGGCAAUAUCAAAAAUCUGUUUCUACUAUACGUUUCCUAUAUGUUUCAACACUAACUCUGAUGGGUAAUUGAUUCUCACGUGUCUCUGUUGAUGUUUUUAUGUUGUGUAAAGGGGAUGCAAGCCAUAGAAAAACACAUUUUUGUCACUAAUUAGGGAAAUACAUGCUAAAAAUAGAAUCAUUGAGGAGAAUAGCUGAGCGUUUUGUGUCAUCUGUAACUUGUCAGAAGUGUAUCUGUGAAUUUGUAGCAAUCUUCCAGUAAUGUAAGCCAGGAAGUUGAGCCAAUGAUACUAACAGAUUGAAAACUGUUAAAACUUGCUGCUCACACACGUCAUCCUACGCCCAUGAGCACAAAAUGUAAGACUGUGCCAAAGACGAGCGACCAGGUUGCUUCAAUGUAGCCAAUCUGACAGCUUACAAAGACAAACAUAAAAGGCAUAGCAACAUCAGAAGACCUGUAGAGAAGAGAUAGGAGAACACCGUAAAUGUCUCAAUAAUUGUAAAAUCCAUUCUUAAAGAAUCAUGCACUUAUUUCUUUUUAUUACGGUGAUUUCUAUCACCAAUAGUAAAAGCAUCAUUGAGAAUGGGCAUGAUUCCUUUAAGAUCACUCCUUAGUAUUUAAGCAUAGUUAGAUCUAUACUGUUAAUAUACUGUUCAAUUUUUGGUGCCAUGGUGAUGACUUAGUGCUGGGUCAGAGGCAAUAUACUGUAUCUCAUCUAUCUUGUUCUUGUUUCUCAGCUGCGUUUGAAAUGUCCUCCCAUUCCCUUUUUAGUGCACUACUUUGACCAGAACCUCAUGGAUCUGGUCAAAAGUAGUGUGCUAUGGGUUCAUGGGCUCUGGACAAAAGUAGUGUGCUAUGGGUUCAUGGGCUCUGGACAAAAGGAGUGCACUAUAUCGGGAAUAGGGUGCCAUUUCAGACAUACAGUAGCCUAGACGUCCCUGAAACUCUUCCAGUAUUCCUCUUCCACAAACGUGAACGCCGGUUUAAAUAUAACCCAUGCUACGACACCUGCCUAUCAUUUCUACAGACUCAGAAAACUAUAUACAUAAACUGUGGAUUCGUUGUUGUUUCUUGCAAUUCUGUUUGUAUUGCUUCCCCUUCUUCCUCUACCCUCAUAAAAGUAUAAGCAAUUUGUCCAGUCUGGACAACUCUGUAAAAAGGUUAGAAAAUAUUUUAUUUUUCCUUUCUUAAUUGAAGCAAUUUGACCUGCAGGACUUUCUCAGUUAUAUUGCAUGGGUGCUUGUAAAUAAGAUGCAAAAGUAAAUCUUUUUUUAUUCAAAGAUCAUGUAAGAUAAACAAUGUAUUUAGCAUGAAGCAUGACUUAUUUUCAUAUAAACUUAGAUCCUAGAAGAGAAAACAAAGGUUUUGCCGCCAAUUCUUAUACACUCAAUUUUAUUUAAUUUUAUUUUGAUUUAAUUUUUAAAAAUUGAUAUUGUAUUUCUUCAGAUGAGCUGGGUUUUAAUGACAUAUCUUCUUCAGGGAGACAUUUUAUGGGGAAAUCACUGCAAUUAUGAGGCCCGGCUACUCUGGGCUUUAUGUAUAACAAACCUGGGUUCAAAAACUAUUGGAAAUUAUUUCAAAUAAUUUAAUAUGUGCUUAAUUGAGCUUGCCUGUUGCAAUGCAACCAAUAGUAAAGUCCCAAAAGUGCAAACCCCACUCACCUGGCACCCCAGCCAGGCUAAAGCAAACUGUAAAACUAUUUAAAAGGUUUCAAAUAGUAUUUGAACCCAGUCUGUUAGCUCUACGGCUAGAUGGAUCAACUGAAAAGCCUCUAGUAUGGCCUUCAGUCUUCUUCUGCCUCUUAAACAAUAAAUGUGUCAGUGUUCUAGUGUUAUUCAGAAUAUAUCAAUAGUGUGUGAGUGUGUGUGUCCAACAACCAUACACCCUUUAACAUUGUGCCUGCCCUCCAGACUUAAUUGUAUUCCGAUGUCUUCAACUGACAUGUUUUCAUAUUGAACAGCAAAUAUUUCUUUAUUUCUGAAAGUGUUCUCUCAUUUUGUUUUGUAAAUGUGUUACCAUUGGGUCCUAGUUUUCUCCUCCCUGGCAGACACUUCCCUGUAAAUGGACGGAGUAUAUGGACCUGUUUGACAUGGAAUUUAGAAUUUGUCAGAAUGUUCCACCGUUCAACUGGCUCCAACUAGUACAGCCAAACUGUUUGUUGAAAGUUACCAUACCGUGAACUGACUGAGGAUGUAUGUACAUAGAGUGGAGUUACUGUACAUGAUGAACACGUUUCUGUACAAACAGCAGAGGUAAUUAGGGGUUAGAAAGAGGUUAUGUGCAGACAGUAGGGAGAGGCCGAGUCAGAGAGAGCCAGACUUUGGUUUGGGUUUAUGGGAAAGACUGAGAGUGACUGACAGCUAGACUGGGAGUUAGACAAGCAAAUGACAGCAGAGUUCCAUUGUCAUAGUAUUCUAUCAACUUUGAUACGGAACACUGACUAUUCUAUUCAAUUCAAUGUGUUUCUUCUAUCAAUGUUGACAUGAAAUAGACUCACUCCCUGUAUACCUCACUGCCAUCUCCACUUCCUCUCUUGACACUAGAGAAGUGUUAUUGUGUUACAGGUCAAGCCCUCUGUGUUAUGUGCAGUAGGAAGUCAGUGAACUGGUGACUAAUAGUAGAGUCUGCCGUGGCAAGUCAAGGAGAAAGUGUUGCUUAAGUAACCACCAUCUCCUCCAGUGACUCACAUGGUGACUGUGUCCCAAAUGGCACUACUUUUGACCAGAGCUAAUAGGGCUCUGUUCAAAAGUUCUGCACUAUAUAGGGAAUAGGAUGCCAUUUCAGACACUUCCAGUGACAUGCAGGGAAGGAAGGUGAAGUUAUGACCAUAUAAGGGUCUGCUUGACAAAUAGAACGAUACCGGGAAAUUGGACUGAGUAAUUUAAUGCAAAUGGAAGAAAAAGAAGAAACUAUCACUGCCUGAAAAGCCCUCGAAUGAGAAACAAAUGUGCUUAUUUUAUUUUAAUUCAAACCUGCCAAACUAAACCAUGCUCAGUGUGCAUCCCAAAUGGAAACUCAUUCCCUAUAUAGUGCACUUUUCUUUCAAAAGUAGUGCAUUAUAAAGAGAAUAGGGUGCCAUUUGGGACUCACAGGCCAGCCUGCCAGCCAGCCAGUCCACCAUUUUGUUUUCUAUUAAUGUUUUUUUUGUGUGUGUGUGUGUUUGUUUACUCUGACAAGACGUUACAAUACUGCCACGUUAAUGACUAUUUGAGAAGGGUCCGAAAGCCAUAGAAUAGAGAUGUCAAACGCAAACGAUUAUGUUGCUCUAUGAGAAGAAUCGAUGUAAUGCAGAGUGCACCCAGCUUGGUUGGUUUUCCAAUGAAUGUUUGAUUAUUUCCUUGUUGUGCAAUCACAUUGCCAAAGAACGAUUUCAAACGAUUUCAUCGAUUUCAUUCAUGUAAAUAUCACGUUGUUCAAUACCGUGGCAAAAAAAAAGUAGAAAUGUUGUUUUUUCUUUUCAAUUUUUCUGAAACCUUCAAUAAUGUUUAUGUGGUGUAUUGUCUUCCAGUUGCAAUGAUUAAAGUUGACCUGAACUCAA